AUAUCAAAACUGUAAAAUCUAAAAAAGUACAAGGGGGUGAAGUGCAAAACCACCAUACCAACACGGCAUUGCAUGUAUUUAAGGCCUUAACUUCCGUAUCAAAAGAGCAAAUCGGUUGAAAUCGCUGAAUCGGUUCACGUUUUCUCUCGAUCUAUCAAAUUCUCAGUUCUUAGUAUCUGCUGCAAAAAUUCAUUCUGAUCUCUAGAGAUGUUCAAAAUCCCCCCUCAUCAAGUUGCUGGACACCAUGCUAGUAACGGAACCCUCGGUCCCCUAGUCGAUGAUUCCGGUCGUUUUUACAAGCCUCUCCAAGGUGAUGAACGUGGGUCUGCCGAAGUCACAUUCUAUAAACAGUUUUCUACCAAUACCGAAAUCCCAGAUCGAAUUCGUAGAUUCUUCCCUGUUUUCUACGGUACUCAAGUUAUGAAAGCAUCCGAUGGUUUUGAGCACCCUCACAUCAUGUUACAAGAUCUUGCUUCAUCUCGUUCAAAUCCGACCAUUAUGGACAUCAAAAUCGGCUCCAGAACGUUUGGGCCCGAAGCUUCGGACGAUUACAUUGAGAAGUGCUUGAAAAGAGACCGUGAAACCACUACUCUUCGAUUAGGAUUCAGGAUAUCAGGUUUGCAAGUUUACGUUAGCGAAGAGCUCGGGUUUUAUAAGCCUUCAAGAGAUCUUGUCCUCAAAAGCAGCAUAGACGACGUUAAAUUGUUAUUUAGGAGAUUCGUUUCCUCUAAUUCAUCUGGUUCCGACCCUGACUAUGCUUUAGCCUCAAAAGUCUAUGGUGGGCCUAACGGGAUUUUGGCACAAUUAUUGGAACUCAAGACAUGGUUCGAGGAUCAAACUAUCUACCACUUUUGUGCUUGUUCGCUUCUUUUCAUGUUCGAAAAGACGAUGGCGUCAAAAGGGGAGACUUCAAAUGCACAAGUCAAACUUAUUGAUUUCGCACACGUUACAGAAGGUAGGGGUGUGAUCGAUCACAACUUCUUGGGUGGACUGUGUUCUUUGAUUAAGUUCAUAUCCGAAGUACUUAAAGAUCCUGAAGAUCACAAGACUCCAGGAGGAGAUACGCUAGAAUCAACCAUUUUAGUUAACAAUGGUCACUGAUAAACGGGUUUCUUGCAGUCGAUUAAAUCGAAAUCGUCUGAUGAUCAUUAACACGGU